AUGCUGUUUCUAAAACUAUCACACUGUUACUAUGAUAGAAAGCAAUUUUACCAAGCUUCUGUUACUGUGGAAGAAAAACAGUUUUACAAAGAUCAUACAGAUGUAGAACAGAGUCUGGAAGGGCAGACACAGGUCUCAGAAAAUCCACAUGCUGAAUAUGGACUCACAGAAAACAUACAGCGAAUAGUGGAAAAUGAAAAAGCAAAUGCAGAAAAGCCAUCAAAACAGAAGGUUGAUGUACAGUCCUUGCCUACACGAGCAUAUCUGGACCAGACAGUCGUACCCAUUUUGCUACAAGGGCUUUCUGUCCUUGCAAAGGAGAGACCUCCAAAUCCUAUUGAAUUCUUGGCAGCAUAUCUUCUAAAAAACAAGACUCAGUUUGAGGACCGAACUUAGUUUGCUAUAAAAUGAAUAUUCUGAAAUUUAGAUUUGAGAAUGGAUUGAAAAUAUUCCACUUUGUUGAGGACAUUUCUUUACAAAAGUAUGCAACCAGGAAUAUUGGCUUGAUAAAUGAAUGCCUCCUUGACUUUGUAUAUGUAGCUUUUAUCAAUAAAUAAACAUUGUGUACAUGUAAUGCUUGUGUUGGUUCCAAACUAUGAUAGUCAUAUCAUGCUUUUCUCCAUUAUUGGAUAUCUGACAUGAGCUUUACUAUACUUACUAAAUGUAUUCUGUUAAAUUAUUUGUUAUGCAAGAAAACAGACUACACAUUAACUGCUUUCUCAACAGAGCAGAAGUGGAUGUAACUGUAAUUUACACAUGAAUAAAAAAUAAAAAUGA